ACGUUUCAUGUUCAGUAAAGUUUUCAUCAUUGUUAGUUUUCGAAACAAGACAGGUAAAUGAUGCAAUAAAGUUUAUGAAUGUAGUGCUUCUGCUUCAAACAACUUCAUUGCUAUGGUUCUUAACAAGAACAAUAUGAUUUAACUUAUCUAUACUACUUAUCACAUUUUUAGAGACUAGUUAUCACAUUCUCACCGAAAUUUGCAUCAGCGAAGUACAUGUCAUAAUUUAUUUAGAGUAGACAGAGAUACUCUCGUAUAGACGCAUAAUAUUUACAAUUCAAAAAGUGUUCAGGUAGUUGCUACUGUGCUACAUGAUCAAUCGAUUUGCUGGAGCCGCUUGCAACGGUAAAGUUGAGAUAUUAGCUGAAAAUUCAGGUUCACUGUUACAUUUUAGGAGAUUCGUGUUUACAUUACUAAAUAUGCAAUAUUAUAAUUUUGAUCCGCUUAAGUUAUGUCAAUUCGAAAUUUAAAAUCGUUUGGUGUUAUUCAUGCCGGAGGCUUGAAUUUGUGCACCACACUUUGGUAUGCUAUUUUACGUGUUUGUUCCGCACUGCUAGCUUUACUCAUCACUUUUCUUAUCGCUGUGUAUGACUUUUCAGCAGUUCAUUCAACCUCGCAUAACAUAUGAGUAAUGUGAAUAGCAAUAUAGUUAAGACAGAGGAUAAGCACAGAAUUUAGGUUUGUCCAAACAUAAAUUUGUGAUUUAAAAUUUGGUUCGAUUAACAAAUGAAUUUUGUGUAUUUGGAGUGACAUCGUGUAGAUAUUUCAUACUGAGCAAAAAAAUUUUGUGUCACGUACUUCAGAGUUAAAUAUCGCAUGCUAUAGACGUUGUGAAGACAGAUUAUUACCUAUUCAAUACGAAAAACCUCUUUUCUUGCGUCAGGAGUUUCAAAUAUUCUUGCCGAAACAGUGGUUGAGAUAUAUUGUUUGAAAACAUGUUUUCAAGAAAACUGGUACGAAUUUAAUAAAUAUUCUAGCCAAGAUGUUUUCGACGUUGGGAGAAACGUUUGUUUCUCAAUAUGUGUCAUCAUAAUGAAUCCUCGCGAUGCGCACUUUUGCAAUGGCCGAGUCGCCAGUAUGAGUUUUGCCUUCACUAACGUGUGAAAUGAAAUACCUACUGAAUCCUUGCGAUUAAAAUAUUACACGGCUACUGUGCAACAGAGGGCACCAUUUUCCAUGCAAAUUGUUUUUCACAUUGAAAAUAGUGUUUGUCGUACGUUUAUGUUUCUCAACUUCUGUUUAAAGUGUAGUAUCAAUUAUAUAGGUACUUUUUCAUUGUGUCGGGAAGGUAUUGAUAUGAAGACCUUUUUUUAUUUGACAAUUAUAUUCUUGCUACUUCGCCUGCAAUACAAAUACGCGUUUUGCCAGCGCAAUGUAAUAUCCACCGAAGAAAACAGUUACACAGUGUGCCAGAAUUUCAAAGGAAUUUUUGAUCCGAGCAAGCAGAACCUGCAUAGUAAAGUAGUUCAAGGAAUUCCUGGUAAACGAGGACCUAAGGGUGACAAAGGAUCACUCGGCAAUAUAGAAGAAUCUGUAAUAGUGCAAAAUUUGUCCGAAGAAUUGAAAACCUUCAAAAACUGUGAUGGACUGUAUCGCGCCGGAAUUUGCUACUUUUUGUUAGAAGAGAAAGUCAGCUACGAAAAUGCUGUCAGCAAGUGUGAAUUACACGGUGGACAUUUGGCAUCAAUUACUAGUCGUCAGUUGUAUGGUGCUCUUUUCAGAUUUGUGUACGAUGGUUUUGUGCUUUGGCAGUCAAGUACAUACGCACAGUUUUGGAUUGACGGAACCUAUUCAAAUGCAAAUGGUCUCGUUACUCUGAGAGACACCAACAAAUCUCCGUAUAUCUUGUGGUAUCCAGGAUACCCACGACCCACGGAGGGUCAUGUUUAUAUGGCAUUUGAAGUGAAGAAGUCUUUCAGCGGAAACCAGAAUAUGUUCAACAUUAACCCGGCUCAUCGGAUAUAUUCUCUAUGCCAGAAAUCAUAAUUGAAAUGGAGAGAAUUUUGA